AUGUUGCGCUAUCGAUGCACAUCACAUCAUACUUAUCUGUCUGCAAUUGAGCCAGCCUUCCGUCAAGCGUUGAGUAUCUAUAAAGCAUGUAACAAUACGCGACGAUUGAUAUGUACUUAUCAAAAGUUUCUGGAACUAAUUAUCAGUACUAUGACAAACUUUACCAUGUUCCUCAACGCCUUUCAACGCUUGGCUCUCGAUCUAGAAGCAGUUCAACUUGUUAGCGAAGCUCUCGACAUGCAUAUACAAUUUGCUCGGUUUAUUUUGACGAAUAAUACGAAAGAAACGAUAAAUAAUGCUGGUUUUAUCAUCGGGCGAUAUCGAUUGCUUGCAAAAAAUGGAGCUCACUUCAAUAUUGACUAUCAACAGACAAUAAUACGGCUAAUGAAGUAUUAUCGUAAUAUAGUCGAACCACAAUUUAUUAUUGACGAUUAUCUAAAGACAAUGAAGAGUCACCUGAAUCGUGACGGUUCUGCUACUAGCAUCUAUGCCAGUAUGCUGGAAUUGUUCAUUUAUUAUCGGCCGGAACAUUAUAUUCAACACUACAAAGCAACUGUCAAUGAAUUGAAAGAACGACCAGCGGAAUUAAUCGCUUUUGUCAAUACAAUGCGAGUAAAAUAUACUCCACUUAUAGAAAAUUUGUUUGAAUUCUUGAAGCAACUUGAUAGUGAAAAUGAGACAUCGCCUUCAGCCGAUCAAAUAUCGUUAAAAACGAAUUUUGAAGAUGAAGCUCGAUUGUGGCUCGAACAGAAAACUCAAGUAGAUACUAAACUCUCUUAUGAGAAAUGCCUUCAAUCUGUUCUUGAAUUGCAUUCAAUUGAUGACGAAUAUUUAGCUGCUGCUUAUCUACAAAUGGAGGAUCAAACAAAUGCCGUUGCUGUUUUCAGUAAAUUCAUAUAUGGAGAACCGGCACGUAGAUACAGUGCUAAUGCUUGUCGACGAUAUCUGAAAUAUCUAUAUAAUGAAACCUUGAGUGAUCUUGAACGUAUGGAAUUCGAACGUGACUAUACUAAAUAUUUUGUUCUGGAAAAUAACUCCACGCAUGACCAUUACUCGUAUGAUCUUCUCCUACUUGUAGAUUUCUGA